UUCUUAUUUCUCGACAACUUUAAAAAAAAUAAUAAUAAAAUAAAAAUACUACUUUUUUUUUUUUUUUUUAUUUGUUAACAAGAAAAAAAGGGUCAUGUGUCUACGGCUGGGAUGUGAUGUACAAUUAUCCAAGGGUCGUGAUUGAAUAAGGGGUUGCCGCCGGAGCGGCAAAGUUUGGAUAUUGAAGACGGAGGGAGUGUUGGUGGGAGUGGAAUGAUUAAACAGAGAUGGUGGUGGCCGAAUCAGUUGGGAGUUGGGUUGCUUAGUAAUAGUAAUGGUAAUAGUAUCACCAAAAUUCAUAUGGAGAAUUUUUGUCAGCCACCGCCUGACAAGGUUUAUUUUCACUACAACCACACCGAUCCCUGCAGAUUUUCGCGUUGGACUGCUAGGGAAAGCUAUCAGUUCAUGUAUGCCAGGCCUUGGAACCAAGUCCUUGAUUUCUAUUCCAAUCUUAUCAAUGCAAACCUCUCCUUGUCUGCAUUAUUUGGACCUGAGACAUAUCAUGUUCACAACGCUGCUGAAAUUCCCAACAUUUCUGAGACAGCUGAAUUGAAGAGCGUUUCACCUGAAAAUAGGUCUGGUAGGUGGGCAAGAUUAACAUUCAAAAUCGUACUUUCAUAUCAUGGUGGUUCAUUUGACGGAUGGCAAAAGCAGCCAGGAUUAAACACUGUUCAAGGUUUAGUGGAAAAAUCUCUGGGCAAGUUUGUGGAUGAGAAGAAAGCACAAGUUUUGAAAGACAAAUGCCUGCCCUUGGAAGGCUGUGCUGUCGUUGCAGGACGUACUGACAAAGGAGUCACAGCUCUUCAACAAGUUUGUUCUUUUUAUACCUGGAGAAAGGAUAUUAAGUCUGAAGAUAUUGAAGUUGCCAUCAACAGUGCGGCACCAGGAACACUCAGGGUCAAAUCUGUUUCUGAGGUAUCACGUGUUUUUCACCCAAAUUUCUCUGCCAAGUGGAGGCGAUAUCUAUAUAUUUUCCCCUUUAAUGAUGGAGAGGAUGGGCAACAAAGUAGUCCAAGUGGAGAGGAUAUUGAACAAUUUAGAAGUAAUGAAAGUGGUGAUGAGCUAAACAAUGGAUGUGGUGAAUCUCAUUAUGAGAGUGUCCAAAACUUAAUUAUCAAUGACAACGAAGAGAUAGAUAGUGGGAACAAACCAAAAACGUUCAGCGUACGUCGAGUGAACCAACUAUUACAGCAACUAGAAGGAAAGCUAUUAUCAUACAAGAUGUUUGCACGUGAUACCAAAGCUUCUAGAAAUGUAGGUCCACCAACAGAGUGUUUUAUGUAUCAUGCUAGAGCCACAGAAGCUAGACUACCAUGUCCGGAUAGCAUUGAAGGAAGGAGAGUUAUGUGCGUCGAAUUGGUUGCUAAUCGUUUCUUACGAAAGAUGGUUCGGGUGCUUGUAGCAACCUCAAUAAGGGAAGCAGCUGCUGGUGCAGAAGAAGAUGCUUUGCUGAAGUUAAUGGAUGCGACAUGUAGACGUGCCACCGCUCCCCCAGCACCUGCUGAUGGCUUAUGCCUUGUCGAUGUGGGAUAUGCAGAGUUCAAUCCACAAAAUCGCCUUAUCUGCAAUUAGUUCAUUUACAGUGACACUCUGAUUGAUAUUCUUCUCAUCUUUAAAUCCCUGUCCCAUUUAUAUUAUACAAACAAUAUCGGUAAGGAUCAACAUGAUUUGAGGAACAUACUUGGAUUAGAAAUCUUGGAAGUUUUUAAUUAGAUGGAGAUAUAAUUGAUCAGAUACUGCCAUUUGUAUUCUUUAAAGUGAAAUGAUACCUAUAUUUUCUUUUUC